CAGUCCUUCCUUACGCUCAGCUGUGAUAAAAAAAUCAUUGAAAUUUACAGUUUUUGUUCAACUUCUCUAUAGUGGUCAGGAUGGAUGAGGUUUUGAAUGUAAAACGCGAACCCGACGAUCCGGUAGGCUAUCCUCGUUCAGAGUUACCGGAUCAGCAGACCGAAGUGCUUUCUACGUCUGCGGUGUGGCCUGAGCAUCGGGACAUUCUACGGAUGAGAUUGAUUAAAAAGGAGGAACAAUUGGAGGACACGAUCGGUGAGGAGUUGAUCGGAACGUGUGAUGUAGAAGAACCCAAAGUGGAACCGAUAUCAGAAGACGAACUUGAAAUGGCUUUGAAUUCGGACAAGUCUCUGCCGCUAACAGACUGUAAAGAAGAAAUGUUAACUGCUGAAUCGGAGAACAGUGACAAAUGGGAACCGGAAGAGAAGCACAAUAAACAGUUUACAACUGAAAUCAACAAACAAGCUCAAGCGGUAAAUUCUGAAAAACUUAAAAAAAUACUAAACUACAAGGUGAAAAUAAAGGAGACCAAGCUUGAUCCGAACAAAUGCUACAUCUGUAUGACAGUUUUUGCGAAUCUGAACGAUGUGGAGGUCCACCUGCCUAAACACGCCCACAUGGUUCCUUAUGACUGCGAGGAAUGUAAGGCCACCCGCACGGAAGCGAAGACCAUUUUUACGGUGAUUAUGCUCCAUCGCCACUUCCGGAUGCACGCAGGUUCAAUCAAGUGUCCGGAAUGUGCCUUCCGGACAUGCACAGGAAACGGAUUGUAUAAACACAUUAAAAGGAGCCACAUGGAAAACACAAACACAGUGUACACAUCUGAGGUUUGCGGGGCUAAAGUUAAAAAUAUAAGGGUAUUUGAAAACCAUUUGCGAAUGCACAAAGCCAUAGAAGAAGGACGAUAUACGUGUGAGUUUUGUGCGAAAAAGUUUGCCACAAAAACACGACUGAAACGUCACGAACGGAUCCAUACCAAUGAGAGGCCUUACCAGUGUCAUUAUUGCAGCAAGUCGUUUAUCAAUGAAACAACUUUCCAUGCACAUGAGCGUUCUCACACCGGUGAGUUUCACUGCUCAGAUUGUGAUCAGCGGUUUCCCACAAGGCAACGAUUGGAUCUGCACUCGUACGUCCAUACUGAUUCCAAACCAUACUGCUGCGAUGUUUGCGGGAAGAAUUUCCGGAGUAAGAAAAAUUUCGCCGAGCAUAUGGCUGCCCACAGUAACAUUCGACCGUAUUCUUGCACAGUUUGCGGCAUGUCAUUCGUUCGCGAAUGGAAUAUGAAGCAGCACAUGUUGAAGCACUCGGAUGCACUGACUUAUGUAUGUCACUGUGGAAAGAAGUUCCGAUAUCGGGCAAGUUUAUCCAAGCACGAGAAAAUCCACAUGACGGGAGAGGUUGGACGCUUAAGAUGAGGUAGGGACUUAGGUUGAGUCUCAAAAGGUCCGGCUCCCUUCACUUCUCGCUAAUAUUUUGAGCGACAAUAAAUCAGCGCUAUUUGCAAGCUUUGCAUCUGCACAUUGAACCCUCUCAAAAGCACUCAAACGAAUCAUGCACAAUUUAAAUGUGAAGUCACAAGGUUGCGCAUUUUGGUAAUCCAAAUCAACAGUCUUUGAUCUCAUGGUGGGAUGGAUUGUGAACGUGGAGGAGUGUGAUGAGAAAGAUGAGACGGUGGAAUAUCUAGAUGAAUAAAGUAAUAUUGGUAUUUGAAAUGAUACAUUUUGUUUGCAAAAUAACG